UCUCUCUCUCUCUCUCUCUCUGCCAUUGAAGGCAUUUCAUUGGAAAUACAUGAAGCAAGAAUGUUAUAAUCGCAUUAUUAAAUGGCACGUGAUGUUUAAAUUGACUAAUGAGAAUUAACUCUAACGUUCAGAACGAACAGUCCAUUCAAUCUGGUUUUGAAGAGCGCUUGCAGAUCGAGACAUUUAGGAGCAUUUUGAAUUACAUAACUUUAUACUUGACUAUCUACUCUGGGCAGUGUGUCCUGUUUAAACUAUAUCCUACACUCAGCGCCUUGGAAUUUCGAGCACAACUAUGUGGUCAAGAAUGUCGAGGAAUUUCCCACUCCUGCCAAUCUGAUCUAGAUUUCAGAACCAAGGACAGUGCACACCUGCUCCACCUGGGAUACCGACGCGCGACGUUUCCUCACUUCCCGACUUUAACAAUGCAACCAGUGAAUAACCAAGAUGAGAUGAGUGUCAAGAGUAGGCUCUAGAGUGAUCCACCUCACCCUUCUGUGUCUCACUCCUACACCCAAUUACCCACGACCCACUACACUGACCCCAGCUAGACUACCUCACCAUGCCCACCACCGGCCUCCUCUGCCCUGGGCUCUGGGCCAAGGCUGCCCCUUGGUGGUCCCUUCACCUGCUCCUCUUUGACCUGCUCAUCUCUGAGGCCCUGGCCAGCCCUAACAACAGAUUCCCCCCUUCCACCAAGAGGGAGAUCACCAUCGACGGGGACCUGGUGAUCGGCGGACUGUUCCCGGUGCACGAGAAGGGUGAGGGGGUGGAGGACUGUGGGAAGAUCAACGAGCAAAGAGGGAUCCAGAGACUGGAGGCGAUGCUUUUAGCGCUGGACGAGAUCAAUGCAGACGAGAGGUUGCUGCCAGGCCUCAGGCUGGGAGCCCACAUCCUGGACACUUGCUCUAAGGACACCUACGCUCUGGAGCAGAGCCUGGAGUUUGUACGAGCCUCCCUCACUAAGGUGCACGAGCCGGGGUUCAUCUGUCCAGAUGGAUCCAACCCCAUCCAGGAUGAUGUCCCUCUGGCCAUUUCUGGAGUCAUCGGAGGCUCCUACAGUGACGUUUCCAUCCAGGUUGCCAACCUCCUGCGCCUCUUCCAGAUCCCUCAGAUCAGCUAUGCCUCCACCAGCGCCAAACUCAGUGACAAGUCUCGCUAUGACUACUUCGCCCGCACCGUGCCGCCAGACUUCUACCAGGCCAAAGCCAUCGCCGAGAUCCUGUGUUACUUCAACUGGACCUACGUGUCCACCGUGGCAUCCGAGGGCGAUUACGGUGAGACAGGCAUCGAUGCCUUCCAGCAGGAGGCCCGCGCCCGCCAGAUCUGCAUCGCCACCUCGGCCAAGGUGAGCCGCUCGAUGAACCGUUACAGCUUCGACCAGGUGAUCCGCUCGCUGCAGCAGAAGUCCAAUGCCAAGGUGGUCAUUCUGUUCACACGCAGUGAGGAUGCCAGGGAGUUGCUUGUGGCUGCCGCUCGCAUGAACGUCACCUUCAUCUGGGUGGCCAGCGACGGCUGGGGGGCGCAGGAGAGUGUUGUGAGGGGAAGUGAGACAGCAGCCGACGGGGCCUUCACCAUCGAGCUGGCCUCCUAUCCCAUCCGGGAGUUUGCCGACUACUUCACCAAGCUGAACCCCUACACUAACACAAGGAACCCCUGGUUUAGAGAAUUCUGGGAGCACCGCUUCGACUGUAGUCUUACAGAGCCUGGUUGUAGUGAACACAGUCUGCGGGAUGGCAAGUUUGAGCAGGAGUCCAAGAUCAUGUUUGUAGUGAACGCAGUGUAUGCUAUGGCUCAUGCUCUACAUAAUAUGAGGCAGGCAGUUUGCCCACUCAAUGCAACCAAGAUCUGUGAUGCCAUGAAGCCAGGCACCGGGAAGAGAUUCUAUAGGGAUUUCAUCCUCAAGGCCAAGUUCGAUGCUCCCUUCAGACCUGCCGACACGGAGAACAUUGUGCGUUUUGACGCCUACGGGGACAGUCUGGGCCGCUACAACAUCUUUCACUAUCACAAACAGGAUGAUAAAUACGUGUAUAGGAAGGUGGGUUACUGGGCCCAGGGCCUGAUCCUGAAUACCAGCCAGGUGCCAUGGAGGGGCCCAGCCGGAGUGCCCCCCACCUCCCAGUGCAGUGAUCCUUGCAGGAAGAACGAGGUGAAGAGCAUGCAGCCUGGAGAUGUGUGCUGCUGGAUCUGCAUCCCCUGCCAGCCCUACCAGUACCUGCUGGAUGAGUUCACCUGUGCAGACUGCAGCUUCGGACAGUGGCCCCAGGCCAACCUGACAGGCUGCUUCGACCUCCCAGAGGAGUACAUCCACUGGGAGGAUGCCUGGGCUAUUGGGCCCGUCACCAUCUCCUGCCUGGGCAUGUUGUGUACCCUUUCCGUGGUGGGCCUGUUCUUCAAGAACAAUGACACCCCUGUGGUCAAAGCCAGCGGCCGGGAGCUGUCCUAUAUCCUCCUACUCGGAGUCCUAAUGUGCUACAGCAUGACCUUCAUCUACAUCGCCAAGCCCUCGAUGGCCGUGUGUACCCUACGUCGACUAGGCCUGGGAACCUCCUUCGCCGUGUGCUACUCGGCGCUGCUCACUAAGACCAACCGCAUCGCGAGGAUCUUCAGCGGGGUGAAGGACGGGGCCACACGGCCGCGGUUCAUCAGCCCAGCCUCCCAGGUGGCCAUCUGCGGCGGACUUAUCUCCUGUCAGCUCCUGGUGGCUGUGGUCUGGCUCCUGGUGGAGAUGCCUGGCGUCAGGAAGGAGGUGAGCCCCGAAAGGAGGGAUAUAGUCACCCUGAAGUGCAACAGCAAGGACUCCAGCAUGCUGGCCGCUCUGGCCUACAACUGCGUCCUAAUCGUCCUCUGCACAGUCUACGCCUUUAAGACCAGGAAGUGUCCAGAGAACUUUAACGAGGCCAAGUUCAUUGGGUUCACCAUGUACACCACCUGUAUCAUCUGGCUGGCCUUCCAACCCAUCUUCUACGUCACAGCCAGCGACUACAGGGUUCAGACCACCACCAUGUGUAUCUCUGUCAGUCUGAGUGGCUCUGUGGUGCUAGGCUGUCUCUUCGCUCCUAAGGUCCACAUCAUCCUAUUCCAGCCCCAGAAGAAUGUGACUACACUAAGGGUGCCUGCCAACCGCUUCGGGGCCACGGUCACCACAACAUCAGCCUCCGUCCCCAGCUCGUCGAAAGCGGUAACAACGGUGUGUAACGGUCGCGAGGUGGUGGACUCCACUACAUCCUCUUUGUGAAGAAGGUUGAGCUGCUUGUAUCAUUCCUCCGUUCUCCAAACACAAGCUACAGUGCCAUCUGAAAUCACCCCCCCCUCAUCCAACAAAGCUGCUGAUGACAUAACGCUCAUGCCAUAUCUCAAGUCCCAUUUACAGUAGAGACAAGUAGAGGCUCUCUAGUCAGACAGAGGACUGUGAAAGCUAAAUUAUGACUAUACAUACCAGUAUUACGUAACGUAUGAGUGUAAAUCCUUUUGGUAUAGAUUUAACAACAUUUGCAUUGAUUUUAUUUGGUUUCAGGAUAGACUUGUCGUCGAAUGCACUGCUGUAUGAAGGGUUGCAAAGGGAGGGUAUAUUACUGAAAACUUUCUAAGUUUACCAGUACACUACCAGAAUUUUGGUCAUUUUCAGGUUUCUUUUGGAAUCGAGUGGCCUUUUUAGUACCUCAGAUUAUCACAGGUGUCUGUAAUUAUGAAAUAAUUCAAUAAGUUGAUUUUAAAAUAAAAAAUACAAAGACAAGCAGUAAAACAUUAUCCUAAAUAUAAACCAUCAACUAAGUGAACACCAUUGGUGUUUAUGUUUUACACAUUUAUUUGACUAUUUCAAUGUCUAUGUUGUAAAUGUUUUGGAAUCAAACUGGUGGCAGUUGUGAAAUAAGUCAAUAGUUUGAAGAGUUAAUGAAAACAAUUGUUGAUUAGAUGCUUUUUUCAUUAAUUAGGCUAGAUUUUCCUGAACUUUAUGGUCUAUCCACUAGAAACUCAUGGACAAUAUGCACACAGAUAUAAAAAAUGAAUACCAUAUAUUAAUUUUUUUUUUUAUUCAAGUAUAAAUUAACAAAGAUCAGUUUUCCAUCCCAAAUGUGUGUAAAGUACAUGUAGGAAAAAGAAUUGCACAACAGUCCUGAUGGAAAAGGCUAAUUUGUUAACUUUCCAAAUGUCAACAAAACACACUAGACAAGGUGGAAUCUUUUUGUGUGCGUAAAAUUAAUUAUGCGAGGAAUUGUAAUGGAAACUCCUUUAUGCGCAAAUAUUGUAAACUUGGGAGUCACACGAUGGUAUGUUGUUUGGUCCUCCCACUACAACUCAGGAAAGCAUGCAGUUUAUUAGGCUACAGAUGAAUUAAAAUAUGAACGUCACAGGGUGGUGAAAGUGGACAGUCAUGAGCUUGAUGCUACUUUCCAAUAAAUAUCGAGGGACUUAUUCUGGUGACACGAUAAUCAAUGCUUGGCUGCUGUUUGACAAAUGAAAAUAAUCUCACUCUUGUACAUAAUAAUAUCAUCAUGUAGGCUAUACCUGCAUUGUACCUGCCAGCUGUUGGCUAGAGCAUGUGCCAAGACCAGAGUGGACACAUUCGCUAUAUAACGCAAAACAUAUGCUGACAAAACCAUCAGAAGAGUUGAAAAUAAGAUGGAAACCCAUUUAACAUGGGAAUAGAAAUUCAACCACAAAAGUCACAAGUCAAUUUGAUGGAAAUAUGACCAUAUUGUAUGCGCAUAUUGUUUUUAUAGAGAUUUUAGAAUAUUUGCAUUAAGAUCUGUCGCAAUUGGAUGGAAACAUAGCUAUAGAUUGAAAUAGAUUAUGUUAAUUACCAAAAUUCCAGAAGAUUCCAGUAGCUUCGGUCAAUUACCGGUAGCUUUGCAACCCUAGCUGUACGCCACUGUCAGUACAGAGAAUCCGUAUUGUGAAUAAGGUGGUUCAUGGUGUCAUACAGUUAUGUGAAUACAAUAUCCAAACGUUUUACUUCUCUUCCAACUACUAGAGUUAGUAUUAUUAACACAAAACACCUAUUGAAUUAUUUUGUCCCCCUGCUUCUUACACUACACUGAAAAAUAUAUAUAAAUGCAACAUGUAAAGUGUUGGUCCCAUGUUUAAUGAGCUGAAAUAAAAGAUCCCAGAAAUUAUCCCUAAGCACAAAAAGCUUAUUUAUUUUAAAUUUGGUGCACAAAUUUGUUAACAUCCCCGUUGGUGAGAUUUUCUCCUUUGCUAAACUAAUCCAUCCACCUGACAGGUGUGGCAUAUGAAGAAGCUGAUUCAACAGCAUGAUCAUUACACAGGUGCACCUUAUGCUGGGGACAAUAAAAGACCACUAAAAUGUGCAUUUUUGUCACACA